UCAGAGUUGUGAGUCCCAGUUACUUCUGGGUUGCUAAUUAUAAAAAAAAGAGCACUGUUCGUACAAGUAACACAGAAAUAUUAGGAAGCCAUGGCAGACCCUCCUGUGCCAGGUUUCCAUCCCUACGCUCCUGGAGCACAUUCCCCGGACUGCCUCCCGUCCCCGGUCUCAGAACUCGCUCAGUGCUUCACGGGACUCGGCGCCUUUGAGACUGGUGACACCCCACGUCGUCGACUGGAUCUCUCCAACAUCAGUGCGGAGGGUCCUGAUGCUGCUGUCCUUUUGGAAUCUCCAAAACAUGAAGCAAACACAGAUCAGUCUGUGUCUCUUCUUUCACCGUGGGACUCUCCUGCACCCCGGAACAGUCGUAUGAAGAAGUUUAGGUCUUUUCUGCCCCAGCUGCUGUGCAGCAGCCCAAAGUCCCAUUCUGGUAGCCAAGGUCAGCAAGGUCCUCCGAACAGCAACAAGGAGAAUGUGGCCGCGUGGGACGGCCAGCACGCGCGAUCGGAGGGCAGGGCACACAUCUCGGACCCCUACCAACAGGGCACCAGUGAGCCACUUGCUCUUGGUAGCCCCAUCUCCUCUGCUCCCCUCUCCCCACCUCUGGAUUUCCUCAGGAACAAAUGCACUGAUGGGUUCAUGGAGGUCGUGGAGGAGCAGGAAGAGAGCUCAGCUGCUGCCUACAUGUCCUCCAGUAUGGCCCAGUUGCUCUCUGACCCCCUCAUGAACCAUGAAGUGGAUCUGUCUUCUGUUUCAGUGUGUCGUCAAGGGGCUCGCCGCCUGUUCCGCUCACCCUCCAUGCCGGAGCAACUGAACCGGGCUGUUUUAAAACGAGCCCCACAAUCGCCCGUUACCAACCCGCCACUCAAGCGCCACCGGACGACACCGGUCAUCCGUGAAGAAGAGGAAGACCAGGAGGGGGGUGACCCUGCCUCAGCAGAUGGCAGGAAACGGAGGUGCUUGCUGAAGACACUUUCUCUGUGUGAAGUGGUCCCCCAGCUGGGAGGGGACAGUGUCAGCGCGGAACUCAUCGGGGACUUCAGUAAGGUGUUUGCUCUGCCCACAGUGACUGGAAGACAUCAAGAUCUCAAGUACAUUACCUGCGACACGAUGUGUGCUCUGCUCAACGGAGAGUUCAGCAGUCUGGUGGAGUCUUUCGUUGUGGUGGACUGUCGCUACCCUUAUGAGUACCAGGGUGGACAUAUCAAGGGAGCGCAGAACAUGCCGAAUACGGACGAGGCGGUAGCGGAGCUCCUGCGCCGGCAUCUGCGAGCCCACUGUCCCAACAGGCGCUUGAUUCUGGUGUUUCACUGCGAGUUCUCGUCCGAAAGAGCACCGAGAAUGUGCCGGCUCCUGCGCAGGGACGAUCGCAGAGUGAACGAGUACCCUGCCCUCCACUACCCAGAGCUCUACAUCCUCAAAGGUGGCUACAGGGACUUCUACCUUGCCUACAAGGAGCACUGUGAACCGCAGUCCUACUGCCCCAUGCACCACGAGGACCACCGAGAGGAGCUGCUGCGCUUCCGCUCCCACAGCCGCGCCUCCGCCGAGGAGCGCCGUCGCCUCCAGCAUGUCAACCGCCUCAUCAAACUUUGACCAGAGCUCCAGGGAAUGAGCGAUCCUGCUUCUGUCGGUCAGCCGUUCCAUUGACCGUGACCCCAGUGGCUGUGACGCUGCCAUGGAAGACUGCCUUGUCAUCCAGGUGAUUUGCUGCUUAGAUGAGGCUUCCCCUGGCUCUACACAGCGGGUGGCGAGGAUCUUUGAUCUCAUGUUUAUUUGUUGACCACAAGAAAUCAAGGUGGAACAAAAAGCCAACUUUCAAAUGAUAAAUUUCAAAUGCAGAAUCUAACAAAACUCAGCUAAAUGAACAGCUGCCUGUUUUAUGUACUCAUUUGUUUUUAGUUUUGUAUUACUAUGGUUUUUUACUGAAGGUUGGUGUGCAAACUUCCAGCCCUUUAUAACAAGAUUUAAAAAAGAAAUGGUUUUAACAGUCAAAGAAAUUCUAGUGCCAGCAUUCUAGAUUUCUAAAUUCUAGACACAGCCUUGUGUGUCAUUUUUUGUUAGGUUUUUAAGUCUUUGGUGACCUUUUCUUUCUUCCCAAAGUCAGUCUCUCUCUGUAUUCUUUGUGUUUUAUUGAAUUUGGCUUCUGCUUCACUUCGUGGGCGUUGAACUUGCACGUGUUUAUUCUCAUCAUAAAAGCAGAGAUUCAAAGAUAUUGCCAUUAAGGGAUCUUUAUGUACAUGGAUGUGGUGUCUAAUAAUUUCACUUAACGAUUCGCCAGGCUAUUGCCGUAUUCCCCCGUAAGGGAUGUGGAAGGUUAGGGUUUUCUGUUUUUGGGUUCCC